AUGGAAGUACUCAAAGAGGUAUUAUCACUUGAUCAAGCUCAGUUUGAUCAGUUAGCGCCAACUCCGCAGAUUGAAGCCGACAAGGGCGAUGAUCCCUUUGAAAGUUAUUUAAAGGACUGUAAAUUCAGAGCACCCUCAAACCAAGACCAAUCCCCAUUAAUCAAAUUGAAAGCAUUGCAGGAAACGCAUGCUAAUGAUGAAACGGCCAUUAAUGUCAUUGUACCUCAAUUGAUUGAUUAUCUGACCCAAUUCACUGAAAGACUAUCGAACUAUACUCAGGAUUUGGAUUUUAUCAAACGGAAAUCUAGUGAAUUACAAUCACUGCUCGAAUACAAUUCUACUAAACUGGCCAACAUAUCGCCCAUGGUCAAUGAUUUAAUGAUCCCUCCAGAACUCAUCCAUGAUAUCAUUAAAGGAAAGAUCAAUGAAAGUUGGCAAGAUAACAUAACGUUCAUUGCGGAUAAAGAACAAAUUUACGAUAAAUAUAGGCGCAGUGAUCUUCAUAAAGACUACAAGGACGCUAAAAAUACAACUGUCAUAGCGCCAAAGGAUUUUGAACGAUUAUGUCAGCUCUUGGAUAUCCUGAAAAAUGUUAUUCUAGAAAGAUCUAAAAGGCUUAUUAUUUCCAAAAUCAAAACCCUGAGAAGCCAUCAUCCGGUACCAUCGCAAAGAUUACAAACACAGUUAUUGAAAGUCCAGAGAAUUUUUCCUUUUAUAAGAGAUAAUAAUCUUUCUUUAGCGCUUGAGUUGAGGCAAGCCUACUGCUAUACAAUGAAAUGGUAUUAUAAAGAGUAUUUCUCAAGAUAUAUCAGAUCGCUGACUAUUUUGCAGUUUCAACAGAUUGACUCGCAAUUUGCAUUAGGGAAUGGCCUUUCGACAACUCCAGUGGGUGGGUUUAGCAAUUCUUCCUCCUUGUUUUUCUCGAGUUAUCUAACCACAUCGGCCAGCAAUGCUUUUUAUAAUAAAGUUCCUGUAACAGAUGAGGAAAUUGAUAAAUACUUUCAAAUAAAGAGAAGACUAAACAUUCUAACUCAAGAAGAUAACACGGUAAUGGUAUCACAAAUCGCAGAGAAUAACACAUCCAGGAACUAUAUCGAAAUCGGCUUCAAAAAUUUGAAUUUAGCCAUUUUGGAUAAUUGUACGGUGGAGUACCAUUUUUUGAAGGAUUUCUUCGCUAUGAGUGAUGAAAACUUCGAUGAAAUUAAUGGCUUGUUGGAACAAAUAUUUCAACCGACGUUUGAUGAAGCAACUGAAUACACUCAGCACUUAAUCCAAUAUAAUUAUGAUAUCUUUGGUGUACUGAUAAGUAUCCGUGUGGCGAAUCAAUUGCAGUUUGAGUCUGAAAGAAGAGGGAUUCCGUCUAUGUUCGAUAGUUUCUUAAAUGGCCAAUUAAUUCAGUUGUGGCCUCGGUUUCAGCAAAUGGUCGAUUUUCAAUGCGAAAGCUUACGUAAAGCGGCAAUUACUACAAAUGUGGCGAAAUAUGGUAGUUCAGGCCCAGCAAAUAAUGAUCCCUUGACUUCGCCACAUGAACUGGCCGUACAAUUUGGUAAGUUUUUGAUAAGCUUCCUGACUUUGGCAAUAACACAUAAACAGGUGAUUGAUGAAAGAUCUGAACCAUUAUACAAUUCCAUCAUUAGAUUGAGAAAUGAUUUUGAAACUGUCAUGACAAAGUGCAGUAAAAAAACCAAAUCGCCUGAAAGAUUCUUAACUACGAAUUACAUGUACUUGUACAAUAACUUACAGCAAUUGCAUCUGCAUUUGAAUAUAAGUGACUCAGAUGCGCAAAACUACAACUUUGAUUCUGCAGAGAGUGUCAAUGCCAAGGCCAAUGAUGAUGAUGAAAAUAAUUCCGGGGUACCCCUGAUAAUCAGAGAAACCGAGAACCACUUCAAAACUCUAGUAGAAGCUUUUACUAGAAAUUGA